CUCUCACGCACACAGAUACACAAACAGCAGCAGCCUCGCGCACUGCUGGAGCUUUUAGAGCCAAGCUGAAGAGAAGAGAAGAAAAGAGAAGGAUGUCUGUGGCAGCGAAGAAAGGAAUAAGCGUUAAAGCAGAGUCCAGAAAAUGCGCAGCGCGCUUCUGGAGGCUCUUCCCUCACCUUCUGCUGUGUCUGUCCCUGGUCGCGUACGCUGCGCUCGGCGCGCUCAUGUUCCAGUACAUCGAGGGUGGGAGCGAGUCCACGACCCAGCAGGAGUACCACGAGUUCUUGGGUGAGAUUGUCACCAACGUCCAGAACAUCUCCGGUAACGCCUCCGCCACGCGCCAGGACAUCAUUAAACAUGUGGAGAUAAUUAUGCAACACAAGUUCAAGUCUAUUUGGCUCCAGAGACCUGACAGGUGGAAUUUCUUUGGCUCCAUGUUCUUCUGCUGCACAGUUUUCACCACAGUGG